AUGGCGUCUGUACAGACCGCGGUGCGGUCUUCUCGAAAGCUUGCGCGGAAUAUUACGCGCAAUAUUCCUCGGCAACAACUGCUGUCAGACAUCGCCAUCACCCGAACUGGCAAGCCAAUCCUGCGCACACAGGGUGGACGGUCGUCUCUCGGAGGCCCAGCUCGCCAGGGAUGCACCGUUAUUGUUCCCUUCCGAGAUGAAAUGGCAAAGCGCCAUCUUAAGGUCUCUGGUGACCUUGGACGUGUGGUUUUCAUUGAGUACGACCUAAGGAACACGCAAUCUAUUGAAGAGAGCAUCCGCCAUUCAGAUGUCGUCUACAACCUAGUCGGUCGCAACUAUCCCACAAAGAACUUCUCGUUGGAGGAUGUUCAUGUCGAGGGAACCGAACGCAUUGUCGAAACGGUAGCCAAGUACGAUGUCGACCGAUAUAUCCACGUUUCCUCGUACAAUGCAGACCCAGCCUCUCCGUCCGAAUUUUAUGCCACGAAGGGUCGCGGCGAAGAAGUCGCGCGAAACAUCUUCCCUGAAACCACCAUCGUCCGGCCCGCACCCAUGUUCGGCUUUGAGGACAAUCUCUUGCUGAAGCUUGCCAGUGUAAUGAGUCUCACAUCCAACCACAUGCAAGAGCGGUACAGACCUGUACAUGUAAUCGAUGUCGGCCACGCUCUUGAACUCAUGCUUUUUGAUGACGGUACGGCGUCCCAGACCUUUGAGCUCUACGGACCGAAGGAGUACUCCACAGAAGAAAUUGCCGCUUUAGUUGACAGGGAAAUAUAUAAACAACGCCGGCAUAUCAACGUACCUAAGCCCAUUCUGAAACCCCUCGCCGGCCUCCUUAACAGUGUUACCUGGUGGCCGUACCUUUCGGCCGACGAGGUUGAGCGCGAGUUCAUCGAUCAGAAGAUUGAUGAAACGGCCAAGACCUUCAAGGAUUUGGGCAUCGAGCCAGGCGACAUCAGCAACUUCACCUAUGAUUAUCUGCAAGGAUUCCGCAGCUCAGCCUUCUACGACCUUCCGCCGGCCACCGAAAAGGAGAGGAAGGAGGAGCGCAAGUAUCUCCACGUGCUCGAUGAUCAAUAA